ACCGAGGGGGCGUGUCUUGAAAGUGGGCGGGGCCGGAAGAAGAGGAGACUCCAGCUAUUUGCAAGUGGGCAACUGCAGCGCCAUGGCCGGACCCCUCCAAGGUCUCCGGCGGUUGCCUGCCCUGCUCUGUCGGCCCCCCUGGCAAGCCCUUCCAAAGCCCAGGCCCUUCCUGCUGCUGGGCUUCCGGGAUUGCCGGGCCCUCGAGACCCCACAAGUCAGGACCCUGGCCACGAAGAAGGUUAAAGCUAAAGGGAAAAGUCAGGUCCGUGUGAACAUCAACACUUCCUUGGUAGAGGACAUCAUCAGCCUAGAAGAGUUAAACGAAGAAAUGAGCUUGGUGGUCAAAACCCUACAGGAAAAUUUCAACAAAACUUUGAGCAUCAGAACAAACCCAGGGGCUCUCGAUUCGAUCAUUGUUGCCACCAAGGAUGGGAAGUUUCCAUUAAACCAGCUUGCACAAAUUUCCCAACAUUCUGCGCAGCUCCUUGUGGUUAACAUGAGCAGCUUUCCAGAAAGCACAGCUGCGGCCGUUAAGGCUAUCCAACAGAGCGGGAUGAAUCUCAACCCGGAAGCGGAUGGGCUGUUGAUUCGCGUGCCGGUUCCAAAAAUCACCCGUGAACAUAGGGAGAACUUGGUCACGGUCGCCAAGCAGCUCACUAACAAGGCCAAGGAGUCCCUGCGUAAAGUCCGCACCGGGGCCAUGAAUCAGGUGAAGAGAGCCAAAGGAACCACGUCGGAAGACACCAUCCGGUUGAUAGAGAAGCAGAUUCAGCAAAUGACCGAAGAUGCCACAGAGGAAAUGGACAAGCUAUUGGCAGCAAAGAUGAAGGAGCUGCUUGUCUAGAGCCUGUCUGUCUCUCUCUCUCUCUCUCAUACACACACAGAGGUCACCGCAAGCUGCUUUCUUCUGGCUAAAACGGUCAGUCAUGAUUUUUCAACUGCAGGAAGCAACUUUGGGCAGCGAAUCAAAGCUCGGGACUUGAGGAAGCGGGCUGCGCCUGGAGCUGCGUCUUUGGCUCCCCAACAGCCGUGAUCUCAGCUCCGUCGUGGAGAGCACAGCGUGACUUUGGUGCCACAGACCCAGAAGCCAUUUUGGAAGAAAAAGAAGAAUCACGGAACAAUCAUCGAUUAAAUGGCCUGUGGUGCCUGACUUUGGAGGAACAGAGGAUGCUGGGGGGGGAGAGGGGGACUUCAUAAAUCCAUCAGGAAUUUUGUCUAUGAAAUAAAGCAAGUCU